UUUGGUGUUGCCAGGUCUGCAUGUUUAAUAUCAAAUAACUAUGUGUUAACCGCUGGGGUGGAGGAGAUUUGUCUAUCCAUAUUUCGACUGAUAGGGUCUAUCAGUCGAAAUAUGGUCUUGUAACUGCAGUAAGGCUGGGCACGUUUUUCUAGUUUGUGUUAUGGUUGGAAUUUAUACGUAUGCUUGGCAACCCGUUCAACCGGAAGUCGGAAGUCAACCCAUCGGUUGUUUGUAACUGCUGCUUUCGAGCGUGUUGACAGAAAUUUGCAGCUGUUUAAAGGCUCCUGAUUCCAACAUGGCGGAGGAAGACGACGAUCCCGGCUUUGAUGAGGAGUUGGAUGAAGGGGGAAACGGUGCAGACGCGGGUCACGGCAGAAGGAAGAGACUGUUCUCGAAAGAGCUUCGUUGUAUGAUGUAUGGCUUCGGCGACGACCAGAAUCCGUACACAGAGUCCGUGGAUAUUCUGGAGGACCUGGUGAUCGAGUUCAUCACUGAGAUGACCCAUAAAGCCAUGUCCAUCGGACGCCAAGGCCGCGUUCAGGUGGAGGACAUCGUCUUCCUCAUCCGGAAAGACCCGAGAAAGUUUGCGAGGGUGAAAGAUCUGCUGACGAUGAAUGAGGAGCUCAAGAGAGCCAGAAAAGCCUUUGAUGAAGCCAACUACGGGUCCUGAACUGUCAUAUACAGUGCUGCAAGCAGCUUCAUCAAACUGACUGCAAGGAUGAACAUGCUGCAGGAGCAUGUGUGCUGAGUUCAUUGGAAACUUUUACUUUUUAUGUAUUUUUAUACUUUUGCAUAAACUGUAUACUUGAAAUAAUCAAACAUUUCUCAUAGAUCAUAAGUGAACCGGAUAGAUAUUAAUGUAAAGUAAGUUGACCAAUAAAGCAUGUAUGAAGUACUGAACAAAGGGUUUUUUUCCCCUAUAAUGCAGAGACAUACACGUUAUUACAUUCCUCAAAAACAACAAGUGUUAUUUUUUAACUCACUGAUCUAAACUUGAUAAACUAGUACCAAUAAAGAAUACAAAUGCAACCUAAAA